AUGCACAUAUUAAAUUUGAAAAAUGCAAAAAAGUCCAGCUGGGAUCAAUAUUUUGGUAGUAAAGAUAAAUGUGACUAUAUACAAAAUGGGACCGUAUUAUUUGAUAAUAGCAGUAUCAAUAAUUAUUAUGUUUUACUUUGUUUCUAUAAAGAAUGCAAAGAAACUGGCGCAAUUUGCAUUCAAAGAACUAAUAAAGUGUGUACAUUACUUGAAGAAACAGUAUUUACCAAUUGUAGUUCCACCACAGAAUAUGGUGGAGGGUCUGUUUAUUAUAACUGCCAAGCAGAUGGAGAGUUCGUCCAACAUCGAACAUGUUAUUAUGCGUCAAUAGCAGAGCAAGCUAUGGCAUUUGCUCAAGCUGCUAAGCAAUACCUUUCUAAUAAAAACUAUGCAAUUGAAGUUUCUGUUCUUAAAUGUGGAGAAAAUGAAGAAAAAGGAAGUUACACAUUUGGUAUUUCUUUUGGCGAUAUAUGUUUUGAUAAUAACAACAUCACAAACAACAAAUGUAUUCAUCAAUAA